AUGGGGCCUGUCCGGGAGAUGAAACUUGAAACCAUGAUUGGUGGAUCAAGACGACACGGUAUCAACCGCAAGUUGAAGCUGCCGUUGAAGAAGUCGGGGGGCCUACUUCCUUAUAGAAGUCGGGGGGCCUACUUCCUUAUAGAAGUCGGGGCCUACUUCCUUCUAGAAGUCGGGGCCUACUUCCUUCUAGAAGUCGGGGCCUACUUCCUUCUAGAAGUCGGGGCCUACUUCCUUCUAGAAGUCGGGGCCUACUUCCUUCUAGAAGUCGGGGCCUACUUCCUUCUAGAAGUCGGGGCCUACUUCCUUCUAGAAGUCGGGGCCUACUUCCUUCUAGAAGUCGGGGACCUACUUCCUUCUAGAAGUCGGGGCCUACUUCCUUCUAGAAGUCGGGGACUACUUCCUUCUAGAAGUCGGGGCCUACUUCCUUCUAGAAGUCGGGACCUACUUCCUUCUAGAAGUCGGGGCCUACUUCCUUCUAGAAGUCGGGGCCUACUUCCUUCUAGAAGUCGGGACCUACUUCCUUCUAGAAGUCGGGGACCUACUUCCUUCUAG